AUGUGGUUAAUCAACAUAUAUAUAUAUAUAAGAGGGAGAGGUAUUCCACCGGUUUUUCCGGUUGGACCGGUGAUAAAAACCGGUUCAAUAGAUGGGAUCGAUGGGAAUGAGUGUUUGAGGUGGCUUGAUAAGCUACCCAAUGGGUCAGUUUUAUUUGUUUCAUUUGGGAGUGGUGGGACUCUCUCACAAGAGCAGCUGAAUGAGUUGGCCUUGGGUCUUGAAUUGAGUGGGUAUAGAUUUAUUUGGGUUGUCAAGAGUCCAAACGAGACAAUGAAGAAUGCUUCUUUUUUUAGCGUCCAAGGCGAAGAGAACCCGCUUGGGUUUCUACCAAACGGGUUUCUUGAAAGAACAAAAGAUGUGGGUCUAGUUGUGCCGACGUGGGCCCCACAGGUCGAAGUGCUGAAUCACAGGUCAACGGGCGCGUUUUUGACCCAUUGCGGGUGGAACUCGACAUUAGAAAGCAUCGUGCAUGGUGUGCCUCUGAUUGCUUGGCCGCUCUAUGUAGAGCAAAAGAUGAAUAAGGUGCUACUAGUUGAUGGUUUAAGAGUUGCAUUGGGGGUCAAGGAGAAUAAGAAGGGAAUAGUGGAGAGCCAAGACGUUGCUACUUAUGUUAGGGACCUCUUUGAAGGAGAUGAAGGAAAAUUGCUAAGGAAGAAGAUGGAAGAGUAUAAAGAGGCUGCCAAAUUGGCUUUGGCAGAAGAAUGGUCGUCUACCAAGUCACUUGUUGAGGUUGCUCAAAUAUGGAAGGGACUCAAGAACUAA